UAGACUGAGGAGUGCGACUUCGCCAAUGGCCGAAUAAGUUAACUUUCGCGAAUGAGAUAAGAGAUUUCACGGGGAAUUUCCAUGCAAAUUGAGCCAUCGGGAGGUAAAAAAGUGAGCAAUGUAUCGUCUCAAGUGUCUCACGCAUCUCACGGCAACCCUCCGUCCGCGAUAUCACGUGGGUGUCAUGAGAUAUGCCACGAAGACUGCAGGAGACACCACAAAUGCCAGUGCAGGAGAUAAAGUGGACAAGGGUCAAAAGAAUCCGGACAAAAUCAAGCCCAAAAUCACUCUUUUGUCCCCUGAUAGUUCCACAAUGAUUGUGACUCUGGAGGAGGCUCAAAAAAUGUCCAAGAGGCGAGAUUUGAAGCUGAUAAAAGUGGCAAAUAUUGACACAAAAACCCAGAGACCUACUUACAGAUUGAUGACCAAUGCCGAAUUCAAGGAGGAGCUCAAAUCCCACGUUGGCAGUGAUUCAGAUGAGAAAUCGGACAAAAGGGAAAUCAAGGGAGAAAAACUCCUCCAAAUCACCAAUAAAAUAGGCGAUCAUGAUCUCCAGUCGCGCAUAAAGAACCUCACCAAGUGGCUGUCGAAGAACUACCGGGUUGUCGCUGUAAUAUCUGGCGGGAAUGCAGAUUCUGCAGCAUCCGAACGGAUCUUCCGGGAAAUUGAAACGCAGACCAGAUCCCUGGGUAAAAUUGUCCAGAAACGCACGAAAGGCAGCGAUGUGAGAUUUCAACUUCAUCCCAUACCACCAAGUGAAGAUACAAGCGACAAAGCUAGCAAAGAAUCAUGACUAGUCUUCCUGGCCAUUAAGUACUCAGCCUGGUCAAUAAUUGUAUAUUACUGCUUUUGCUGGAAUAAGUCAUAGAAACUCCCACACUUUCAACAAACUACCUUUUUAAUAUCUCGCAUUUUGUCUUAAAUCUAUUAAGAAUACAGAGAAUAAACAAUGCUAUUUUCAAAAGAA